AUGCACUGUGUCUCCCAAUUUCAACAUGAUCGGGACAAAGGGUCGCGAUGCCGCAAGGUUGAGCUGGCCCCAAAAGCUGUCCUCAGGCUGCAACUCGCUUACAUGAAGCCAAAAUCACUAGUAAUUGCCGGUCAGCUUACUUUUCCUGGUUCUCUUUACGGUUUUAGCACAGUGAAUCAAGGUUGCCAAGCAGGGUUGGUGACAGAACUACUAGUGGAUGUCAUUGUAAGAAUUAGAACACGAUAUGACCAUGAUUAUCGGAUUUACUGUCAUUCAAUAUUCUUGUGGUCAAGAGCAAUUAUUUUGCUGACCAGCUAUCUGAUAACUGGCCGACGUCCCAGAUUCUUGACUCGAGCAACUCUGUUGAGGUUUAUUGCCAAGAAUCUGACCUUGACUAUCACAUUACGAGUCAUCUAUAUAAUCUCAGAUGUUUCCAUGACGGACUUAUGGCACUGCAUCAAAAAUGCUCUUGGCAUACUGAGAGUAGCUGUUAAGCUCGAAUGCUCACAAACUGUUGCUACUUGUGUGGACUAUUUGGAAGCAGUCCCCUGA